UGGCACUUAAUUCUCAUAUUAGGUUGGAAUAUUCAACGAGAAAAAAACAACCGCUAGGCGAGUAGUCGUUCCACCACCAAAGUGGUUUGUGGUGAGCAGCUAGAAGAGGGUGGCGUGGAUGUCGACAUCGGCGUGCAUAUUUUGCGAAAUCGCGCGCUCCUCCUCCUCCUCCUCCUCGACCCGCCUCGUCCACCAGGAUGACAAGAUGGUGGCUUUCCAGGACAUCAAACCUGCUGCUUUCCGACAUUACUUGGUCAUCCCUAUUCAGCACAUCCCAACAGUGAAAAACCUCCAAAGAGGAGAUGAACACUUUUCUUUGGUUACUCAAAUGCUGAAUGUGGGCAAAACAUUGUUACAACAAGAAGCCUCGCAAUCUAAUGUGCAUAGAUUUGGCUUUCACAGACCUCCUUUCAACAGUGUUGACCAUCUGCACCUUCAUUGCCUAGCACUUCCUUUUAUGCCAAGCUGGAAAUACAUCAAGUAUACAUCAAUGGGGCCUCUUGGUGGAUUCGUAGAAGCAGAGAAGCUCUUGGAGAAACUUAAGCCUUUAUAGUUAUAUCCAAUGUAUAGGGUUUAUUAUAGCUUUGAGCUCAAGAAGUUUAUUGAUUCAAUAUAUCCAAGGUACUUGAAGAUCU